CUCGACAACAACACUAAAUAAGCAACAACAAUCACAAUCACAAACCAAAAACUCCCCCAGCGAGAAACAGAGACGAACCAAUAAUGAAAUUCGUGAUUUUGCUGUGCGUACUAAGUGCGCUGCUGCUGCAGAUUGAGGCAUCGCCGGUGAAGCUACAUUCGAGGAGCGAACGGGCCGUGUCCCGCCAGCAGGCGGUCAACAACGAAGUGGCACCGGCUGCGGCGCCAGCCAGCGAUGAUGACGACGACGACGAUGAAGACGAUGACGACGAUGAGCCGGACUUGGGCGAUUUAGUUGAUGACGAUGAUGAUGAUGACGACGACGAGGACGACGAUGAUGAGGAGGAAGACGAUACGCCCCAGGGCCAGGCUGCCCCAGCAGCCACCGCCAGCGACGACGACGACGAAGAGGAUGACGACGAUGAUGACUACUUGGAUAGGCUCUUCGAUGAUAUUUUGGGUGAUGAUGACGAUGAGGACGACGAUGAUGAGGUGGUGCCUGCUGCCAGUGUGCAGCAAACCCCUGUUGCCGCUGCGCCCGCACAGCCACUUGAAGAAGUUGCGCCCGCUGCGGCCGCCAGCUCGCUGAGCUCAGGCAUUUCCGAUGGCGUCGACUUGCCAGCGGAGAGCGGCAAUGCUGUAGAGGCUGUUGCAGCUGGUAACGCUGUAGAGGAUGUGGCUGCAGCUGUAGCGCCCGCCCAGACAUCGAGCAAUAGCAACAACGAAGGUGCGCUGACAGGUGACGACGAGGAGGCUGACGACGAUGAUGAUGACGAUGACGAUGAUGAUAUUAUUGGCGAUGACGUCAUCGAGGCCAGACGCGAAGCACGUGAUCUGAAAAACAACGUGAUUGACAUGUCGACGGAUGCAUUCCAAGCGCGCCAUAAUCACUUCAUCGAUGCCAUAUUCUCUCGUAUAAACCGCAUUGUCGCUGACAAUUACGAUCCAUUUGUUGUGCGAUUGGCUGGGCGCUCAGCCACGCCCACGUAUGGCAAUGCUGCAGUGAAGAGCCCAACGAAGACCAAGGGCAAUGCCAACCAUAAGGCAACAACGCACAAGAAACUCAAGAAUACCCGAUCGGAACCGCGCAUGGCCAGCAGCACGGAGUCUGUCAAAUUGCAGCAGCAAUUGACGCAAUUACAGACGGAGCUUGGCCUCAAAGCCGGCGAACAGCGAACGGUGGAGGAACAGAGGCAGCAGGCCGUGGCAUCCGGCUCUGUCAAAGCGGAAACUCGCACCGUGUUCAAUGGGGAGCAGGCAGUGAGCAAAGCCAGCCAAAAGAAAUCCACGGCUGGACAGCAGCAGACGACGCAUAAACACAACACGAAGAAGACGGCGGCUGCAGCGGCACAGAAGGCGGGCAACGGCAACUACAAUCAGCCAGCGGGCGUGGGGGCAACUAAAGCGGGCACGGAAGUGGAGAAGUUGCAAAAGGCUGAGGGCAGUCUGUCUGGUCUGGCGUCGCUGAAACGUGUGGGCAAUGUGAAGGUGAUCAGCGAUGUGGAAACUCGCAAUUCGACCAUUAAGGCCAGAUUUACGUUGGGCCCAUUGACUCUGCGCGUCGAGAAGUCCUUCAAGCGAGGCAGCGUGCGAAACGUAAAAAGUGCAACGGCCAGGACCAAUGAGAUGAUCGGCCGCAUCAAGUUCAGUGUGCUGGAUGAUCGGGCCACCCUGAUGUCAAUCAAGGUGCAGCAGCCCAAGCAGGUGGAGGUGGAGAGCAAGGACAAUCACGACCGAACCCGCGAAUUUGUCUGGCGUCGCACACCCAAAAUUGCCAAAUUGGUCAACGAGAAGCUUAAAUUGGCAGCAGAGUCCCUAUUCAUGCCGCAGGGCGUUGAGGUUGUCAGACUCUAAAAACCCGGCAGGCAGUCGCCUUCUUUUGCACAGCCAGAUUAAUGUAGUCUAACUUA